UUGAACAUGGUAUAUGUACGAACGUUGUAAAGAUAGAUGUUCAACAAUAACAAUCGUAUAUUGUGUAAUGAAGAUAAGACAAGCAAUCGUCAUCUGGUAAGUGUGUCUCUAAAGAGUACGUUUUCGCCUAGUUACAAUCAAGUAUGGCCACAUACCGGUAUCGAUGUUUCAAACUAGUUUUUAGCGGAAGCAUCAGAAGGAAAUUUAGCAAUCAGGUAUCUCAACUUCCAAGUGAAACAACAGCGCCACCUCUCUUUCCAGGUGCUAAGACAACAUGGACCGAACAACUGACUUUCACCGGCAAGGACAGCUACGAUCCUAUACCCGUAUACAGGGUGAUGGAUGAACAAGGUCGUAUCAUCGAAGAGUCAGAAAAUCCAAAUUUGCCCGAUGAUAUUAUUGUGAGGAUGUACGAGAAGAUGCUGUAUGUAUCAGUUAUGGAUAAGAUUUUGUACGAGUCUCAAAGACAAGGAAGAAUAUCGUUCUAUAUGACCAACAGUGGAGAGGAAGCUACCCAGAUUGGUAGUGCAGCAGCCCUCAAUAUUUCGGAUGUUAUUUAUGGCCAAUACAGGGAAGUAGGUGUUCUCGUUUGGAGAGGUUUCAGUCUUCAAAAUAUAUCCGAUCAAUGUUAUGGUAAUUCCGAUGAUGUUGGUUUGGGGAAACAAAUGCCUGUCCAUUACGGAAGCAAGCAACUUAAUUUUGUGACAAUUUCAAGUCCUUUGACUACUCAAAUGCCUCAAGCGGCAGGGGCUGCAUAUGCACUCAAAGGAACAAACAGGGUCGUUAUGUGUUAUUUCGGAGAUGGUGCAGCUUCUGAAGGAGAUGCCCAUGCAGGGUUCAACUUCGCAGCAACCUUAGACUGUCCAGUAAUAUUCUUCUGCAGAAACAACGGUUUUGCUAUAUCUACGCCAACAGACGAGCAAUAUAGAGGAGAUGGUAUAGCUGCUCGUGGUCCUUCUUAUGGCAUAAACUCUAUAAGGGUUGACGGUAAUGACGUAUUUGCCGUUUACAACGCUACAAAAUUUGCCAAAUCGUACUGUCUCAAAGAGAACAAACCUGUGAUAAUCGAAGCAAUGACCUAUAGGGUUGGCCAUCAUUCUACGUCAGAUGAUAGCACUGCUUAUAGAUCUGCUGAAGAAAUCAAAUCCUGGUCGAGUGAAAGUCCUAUUUAUAAACUUCAAACGCACAUGAAAGAAAGAAAUUUAUGGAAUGAAGAAAAAGAACAGCAAACGUUAGAACAAGCAAAGAAAGAUGUUCUUAAGGCUUUCUACGCCGCUGAAGCGAAAUUGAAGCCAAAGUGGACUGAAAUGUUCGGUGGAGUGUAUGCUACCAUGCCUAAACAUUUACAAAAACAAAUGAAUGAAAUGAAAUUGCAUGUAGAGAAAUAUAAAGAACAUUAUCCCCUUAAUAAAUUCGCUAAAGAAUAAAAGUUAUAUUGGA